AUGGCCAACCCCAAGAGCAAAAUCAGAGCAGUCUUCUUUGACUUUAUGGGCACGUGUCUGGACUGGCACAGCGGCGUGAUCCAAGUGUUACCGCAAAGCAUCGCCGAGAGCGAGAGGUCGCAGCUCGCUCUGGAAUGGCGGCACGACUACUUCGGUGCCAACGCGGCCCGGCUGGCGGCCAAGCAGCCUCCUGAAGACAUCGACAUCACGCUCGGCAAGACUCUCGACGCGCUGCUGGACAAGCAUCCCGACCGCAAGAAUCUCUUCGACGAGCAGACCAAGCAUCGAUGUGUGGCUUCGUGGCACUCGAUGCCCGCGUGGCCCGACGUGGGCCAGGCCAUCGACCAGCUCAAGGCCGCCGGCUUGGAGGUGUUUGUCUUCGCCAAUGGCACGCCGCGGUUGCAGCUCGACCUCUGCAAAUCGUCCGGGCUGGUCUUCGACAUGUUGUUUUCCAGCGAGUUGCUCGGAGUCUAUAAGCCGGCGCCCGAGAGUUACCGGAAGACUUUGCACUUGGUGAAAGUGAAGCCGGAGGAGUCUGUCAUGGUUGCUGCCCACGCUUAUGAUACGCGUGGUGGCAAGGAGGCCGGCAUGAAGACUGUGUAUAUUCACAGGUGGACCGAUGAUAUCUACGAAGACAUGGAUGUUGUUAGAGGAGAAAACGACUUCUUCCUAGAGGACAUGACGGAGCUGGCGGCGGUCAUUGGGCGGCUUUGA